GAGCCCACCCAGCACUUCUAUUGGCACAGGGCAACUUCCAUGCGAAUUGCGGCCUCCUCUUCCUCCCUCCGAGCCUAAAGCUCAUAGGUCGAGACGCUUUUGACGUCAUGUCCAUACCAUCCUGUGGUCAGGGUGGGCGUGGCUACACAGCUCCUCGGUGCACCCCCAUUGGCCAAUUAAUAUUCCACCAACCCUUCGCCGUCAUUGAUCAUGUCACGUGAUCUAGGCCCGCUAGGUCCUUGCUCAUUGGCGGAGCUCGAAAGGAGCAAGCCCCACGUGACUCUCCCUCCCCUCCAAAUCCCUGAAAGCUGCAAGUGGAGAAAGCUCGGAGCUCCAGCCACCCGCUCCUGGGCCUGAGAAGCCAUGGCUUCCCGGGCCGUCGGAGGGUUGCGAGGUCGGCGACCCGAGACUGUGGUGCGUGGGGAGGCGAUCGAGACGGACUCGGCGGCAUCGUCGUCAGAAGAAGAGGAGCUGUACCUGGGCUCUGCCCCGCCGUGCCGGGGCCGCCCCACUGGGCUGCGAGUAGCCGGGGAAGCGCCUGAGACCGACUCUGAGGAGGAGCCGGCGACCCUGGUGGCCCACGCGGAUCUGCCCCCGCUCGUGGUGGUUCGGGGACCAGAGUGGGCAGAAGAGGAGGCUCCCGCAGCGCCCGCGCUCCCUGCGUCGGGCCGGGCCUCGCUGCUGCAACAGCGGCUGGCUGAGAGCCAGGCUCGCCUGGGCCACGACGUGAGCGCGGCGGUGCGUGGUGUGUACCGGCGAGCUGGCCUCGAUGUCGCCGGCCUGGCGGCCCGUCUGGCCGCCGCGCAGGCCGUGGGCUUGGCGGCGGCCCACAGCAUCCGCCUGGCCCGCAGCGACCUCUGCGCCCUGGCCGAGCGCCUGGACAUUGUAGCCAGCUGCCGCCUGCUGCCUGACAUCCAAUCUCCAGCUGAGCCGGGCCCCAGCCCCCGGGCAUAGUGGAGGCGCAGCCCUCCUCUCCUGUGUCCCACCCUCACUGUGGUUCCCAAGGCCUAGUGUCCCUUGAUGGCUUCUCUGAAGAGGCUUGGUACGGGCCCUCCCGGUGGUCCUCCCCUGGUUCAGGGGCCCUCCACUGGGUUGGGGGAUGGGAAGGGCCUGGAAACUGGGAGCACGGACUUGCCUCACCCUCCUUACCCUCACCAGGUUUCAAUAAAAUGUCUUUGGAAAGAGAA